AUGAACCGAAGGAUCUAUGGUCUGGAAAACGAAUAUGGGAUCAUCUGCACGUCGGAUCGGCGCGGUGGUAAAGCGUUAUCAAUCCAAAAUGCAGUAAUGUAUCUCUUUCGCGAGAUCAUUUCUGGACGGAUGUAUCCAGAUGUUUUUCUGGAGAACGGUGCUCGAUUUUAUCAGGACAUCGGUUGCCACCCCGAAUAUGCGACGCCUGAAUGUGAUGACGUGAGCGACCUCGUCAGUCAUGAUAAAGCCGGCGAGCGGAUUAUCGAGCGGCUUUCUGUUGCGGCAGAGCGGAAAAUGCAAGCCGAUGGAUUUCUUGGACGGAUUUCGGUUUUCAAGAAUAAUACCGAUACGCCCGGUAACACAUACGGCUGCCAUGAGAACUACCUGAUGGAUCGCCGCGUGAGUUUUCGCCAACUUGCUUCGCAACUCAUUCCCUUCUUUGUGACGCGCCAAGUCUUUGCCGGGGCGGGGAAAGUCAAAUCCACCAACCGGGGCGGAUACGCAAUCUCCCAACGGGCGCAACAUAUCCGUGAAGAAAUCUCAAUUGCAACGACAACGGCACGGGGCAUCAUCAACACGCGUGACGAGCCGCAUGCGGACCGAGAAAAGUAUCGGCGACUGCACGUGAUCGUCGGUGACUCCAAUAUGUCGGAGUUCGCUACCUACCUCAAGAUCGGUACGACGGCAAUCAUCUUGCGGAUGAUCGAGGAUAACUUUAUCAAGCAGCGUCUCGCAUUACGCGAUUCCGUCCGGGCGAUUCAGCAGAUCUCAGAGGAUAUCACCUGCACCCUGGGAAUACUUGAAUGCGCCAAACAGUAUUUCGAGCAGGCAGAAUCGGAUCCAGUCACCGAUCAGAUUAUGGCGCGGUGGGAAUAUGUGCUGACCUGUUUGGAAACCGAUCCGAUGCAGCUUGACCGAGAGCUCGAUUGGGUCAUCAAGAAGAAAUUGAUUGAAACCUAUGUGGCAAGUCGACAACUCAAGUGGAACUCCGCCAAGGUUCUGAUGCUUGACCUACAGUACCACAAUAUUCGGCCCGAGUUAGGAUUGUAUUACAAGCUUGAAAAAGAGGGGCACGUUGAACGAAUUGUCAGCGAUGACGCGAUUGAGCAUGCGAUGCACCACCCACCGGAAACCACCCGUGCAAAGUUCCGCGGUCGUUUUGUAAAGCUGGCAAAUGAGCGAAAGAUUCUGUGCGGUGUUAAUUGGAGCUAUAUCCAACUUUACGAACCCUACCAAAAACUCUUCCUUUCCACGGAUCCCCUACAAGCCGAAUAUGAAGAAGCCAGCCGGAUGAUUUAUUCGAUUUAG